UUGUCAAAUUGAUUGGUUUUGAUUGAGCUUACUUGUCAAAACCAUUUGUGGCGCGGAGUUUUGUUGUAUAAAAACUUAAGCAUGUUAGUAACUAAGCUAUGUUAAGUUUAUGAAUAACUAACAGAUUUAAAAAAUGACUACAUACAAUAAAACACUUCGAUUAUUAGCUUCGAAAUUAGGUCUUCAAGACGAAGAGAAAGUUUUGAGGAAAGCGGCAGAAUUGGAGCGUCUUUUACAAACCAAGACGAUUGCGGGUAGCAAUAUAACUGACAACAGUAAAAUGGUUAUUUGUCUAGAUUUAGCCGCAAAUAUAUAUGGCGUAGAUUUAGAUCUGAAAACAGCAGUCAAAUAUUCAGGACUCAAACAACCAACAUAUGUAAAUUCAAGAAAAAUAUUGGAAAAUCUUUUAGAACUAAAUGAUGAUAAAAUAUCAAUUUCAUUUUUAUGUAUAUCACUUCAAUGCACUGAGGUGCAGGCAUUAGCUGAAGAUAUUCUAGAAGAGUAUAAGAAAAAAUCUAAAAUGGAUAUUGAUAUAAAUCUACCACAGUAUGUCUGUAUGGCUGUAUACCAUGCUUGCAGAAUAAAUAAGGUUAAAAUAACAAAAAGCAAAAUAAUUGAGAAGUCUCGUAUGAAGCCGUCACAAUGGAGUAAAUUAGAUGCAGAAUGGAGUAAAUUUGUUAAUGAUAAUUUUGCUUCUGUUAAAAAGACAAAAGGUCGACCUCGGAAAGAAGAAAUAGAAGUUUUAGAUAUUAACAAUGGAACAGAAAAUAAAACAUUAAUUAAAGAAGAACUAAUAGAUCUGAUUGAACCUUAUGAUGUUUGGAAGAAACGUAUACUCGAAGAGGCUUAUAAAGAACUAAUGGAAUUAGAAGAAAUAGAAAAAGCACAGAAUGUUAUGCCUAUAAGACGGUCCCCAAGAAAAACUCCACAAAAAACUUCACCAUACAAAACACCUAUUAAAGGAAAGGGGAUUAGGUUAUUAUUUCCGAGGAAUUAAAAUUUGUUUUAAUUUAAAAGUGUUUUGU